UUUUGAACUAAUUUUAAAUGGCAAGGACAAAAUUACUGGUGUAAAUAAAUCGCAUUACUUUAAAUAUUAAGGUUUUUAAGAUCUAUUACAGGCUAGUACAAUUAUGCUGUAGUAGAAUAAUAUAGUAGUUUGAGUAAUAAUCUUAAAAUAGGUUUAAUAAUUCAUUAUCUGUCAAAAGAAGCCGCAAAAACAGAAGACGGUCAAUAAAUUUAAAGAUUUGAAGAUAAUUUAAUUAUAAGAGUAUUAAAAACCAAAAACCUUCGAAAUAUGUCUUCAGAAACUGACGAAAAUAUAUUUCUAUUCGUUCCCAACAUCAUUGGUUAUGCCAGGAUUGUUUUAGCAAUUAUUGCUUUUUAUUUUAUGCCAACAAAUUAUAUAGUCGCGACUUUGUGCUAUGUUACUUCGGCAUUACUAGAUGCAUUCGAUGGACAUGCUGCUCGAUAUUUCAAUCAAGGCACGAAAUUUGGGGCCAUGUUAGACCAACUUACCGAUAGAUGCGGAACUAUGGGUCUUGUAGCUGUUCUAGCCCACUUGUAUCCUAAAUAUAUGUUUCCUUUGCUUUUAUCGAUGUGCAUUGAUGUAGCUUGUCACUGGAUAUACCUCCAUACCUCGAUUCUCCAAGGCAAGGAGAGCCAUAAGUUCAUUGAUGUGUCUGAAAAUCCGAUUAUGAAUCUUUAUUAUACAAACAGAACCGUUUUAUUCUUUAUGUGUGCUGGAAAUGAAGCAUUUUUUGCAUCACUCUACCUUUUAUAUUUUACUGAAGGCCCUAUAAUUGCUGGAUUGUCUUUGUUCAGGAUAAUUUUGUAUUUGACUACACCGAUUAUGCUAGCAAAAACGUUCAUUUCUCUUUUACAUUGUAUAGUGGCUGCCAAAAAUCUGGGAAUUAUUGAUGUAAAUGAACGCAAGAAGUUAUUGAAGAAAUCUGAAUAAAACUAUAAUAAUACUCUU